CGCACUUGCAGUCCACAGCUGAGCGGAGCUGUCGACGCCGAUACCUCCUUCCGCGGGCCUCCCGACAUGCCGGAGGAGGUGGGCCUCCCGCCCGCCAAGAGAUUCCGGCCGGGCUCCUGCCCUCCCGGGAGGCGAGUAGUAAUGCUGUUGACGGCCGGCAGCGGUGGCGGAGCAGGAGGAGGCCGGAGGCAGACGCCGCCCCUGGCCCAGCCUUCGGCCAGUCCCUACCGCGAGGCCCUGGAGCUGCAGCGCCGGAGUCUGCCCAUCUUCCGGGCGCGGGGGCAGCUAUUGGCACAGCUCCGAAACCUGGACAACGCGGUCCUCAUCGGGGAAACUGGCUCUGGGAAGACAACUCAGAUCCCUCAGUACCUCUAUGAAGGGGGAAUUAGCCGGCAGGGCAUCAUCGCUGUGACCCAGCCCCGUCGAGUGGCUGCCAUCUCUCUUGCCACUAGAGUCUCAGAUGAGAAGAGAACUGAACUCGGGAAGCUGGUUGGCUAUACAGUGCGCUUUGAGGAUGUCACCUCAGAAGAUACCAGGAUCAAGUUCCUGACAGAUGGCAUGCUUUUGCGUGAAGCAAUUUCAGAUUCCUUGCUUCGGAAGUAUAGCUGUAUCAUUUUGGACGAGGCCCAUGAGCGGACUAUCCACACAGAUGUGCUCUUUGGAGUAGUGAAGACUGCACAGAAGAGGCGAAAGGAGCUAGGGAAGCUGCCUCUCAAAGUGAUUGUGAUGUCAGCUACCAUGGAUGUUGACCUGUUUUCUCAGUAUUUCAAUGGCGCCCCUGUCCUCUACCUUGAGGGUCGGCAGCAUCCCAUCCAGAUCUUUUAUACCAAACAGCCUCAGCAGGAUUACCUGCAUGCAGCUCUUGUCUCAGUCUUCCAGAUCCACCAGGAAGCCCCCUCCUCUCAGGACAUCCUGGUCUUCCUCACUGGUCAGGAGGAGAUCGAAGCAAUGAGCAAGACCUGCCGAGACAUUGCAAAGCACCUCCCAGACGGCUGCCCUUCCAUGCUCGUCCUUCCUCUGUACGCCUCCCUGCCCUAUUCACAGCAGCUUCGAGUCUUUCAAGGAGCCCCAAAGGGCUAUCGCAAAGUGAUCAUUUCAACCAACAUCGCUGAGACCUCCAUAACCAUUACAGGAAUAAAAUACGUAGUUGACACAGGCAUGGUUAAAGCAAAGAAGUAUAACCCUGACAGUGGUCUUGAGGUACUCGCUGUGCAGCGAGUGUCAAAGACCCAGGCCUGGCAGCGCACAGGCCGGGCUGGACGGGAGGACAGCGGCAUCUGCUACCGGCUCUACACUGAGGACGAGUUUGACAAGUUUGAGAAGAUGGCAGCGCCAGAGAUCCAGAGAUGUAACCUGGCAAGUGUGAUGCUUCAGCUCCUGGCAAUGAAAGUCCCAAAUGUGCUCACCUUUGACUUCAUGUCCAAACCAUCUCCAGAUCACAUUGAGGCGGCCAUUGCCCAACUGGACCUGUUAGGUGCUCUUGAACAUAAGGAUGACCAGCUUGCCCUGACUCCAAUCGGAAGAAAGAUGGCAGCAUUUCCUUUAGAACCAAAAUUUGCCAAAACUAUCCUCCUGUCCUCCAAAUUCCACUGUACAGAAGAGAUUCUGACCAUAGUCUCCCUGCUGUCUGUAGACAGUGUCCUUUACAACCCUCCUGCCCGGAGAGAUGAGGUGCAGAGUGUCCGGAAGAAAUUCAUAUCCAGUGAGGGGGAUCAUAUCACCCUGCUCAAUAUCUAUCGGACCUUCAAAAACAUAGGUGGGAAUAAGGACUGGUGCAAAGAGAAUUUUGUCAACAGCAAGAACAUGCUGCUAGUAGCUGAAGUCAGAGCUCAGCUGAGGGACAUCUGCUUAAAGAUGUCAAUGCCAAUCAUGUCAUCUCGAGGAGACAUGGAGAGUGUCCGCCGUUGCCUGGCUCACAGCCUCUUUAUGAGUACUGCUGAACUCCAGCCAGAUGGCACCUAUGCCACCACAGACACACAUCAGCCAGUGGCCAUCCACCCAUCAUCUGUCCUCUUCCACUGCAAGCCUGCCUGCGUGGUAUACACUUCACUGCUCUACACCAACAAAUGCUACAUGCGUGACCUGUGUGUUGUGGAUGCCGAGUGGCUGUACGAGGCUGCCCCUGACUACUUCAGGAGGAAGCUGAGAACGGCCAGAAACUGAGCCAUCCCAGUUGGGCCUGGAGCUUAGAUCACAGCUGUCUUCCAAACACACUCAGAAGCUUGCAGCCAGACUCUCAACUUCAGGAGCCUAACAGUACUGAUGAGGCCUCUCAGACUCAGCCAUGCAGACAUGGUCCUACUUAGACCAUGAGAAACUGUGCUGCGCUUCAGGUUUGACUAUGCAGUUUUGGGUGACUGAAUUAACAUCCGAGCCUCAGUUUCCUCAUAUGCCAGAGAGGGAUAAGACUUACAAGUUCAGAGUAAUGAAGUUUAGAGAAAAUGAACAGAGUAUUACCCAGAGAUUUGCCAGGUACAAGAUAAGACAAUCAGUGACUUGUAAGCCAUUGUGCUUUGUGAUACUAAUUAGGUACAGCACAGUCCCUUGAGCUCUUGUGGCUGGGGGAGGAGUCAUAGGAGAUCCAAUUUGUUGAAAUGUUUCUCCCCCCUUCUUACUCCUUCCCCUGUGGAUCCCAGGGCCUCCUGCAUGCUAUGCAAAACACUUUGCCUCUGAGCCAGUCCCCAGCCCCUACUUCUACUUUAAUCCUACCUGUGUGUCUUUUAAAUAGAAAAUGGGAAUAUUGCUCCCACAGACAGUAAGGUAUAUUCUGACCUGUGGCUCAGGUGUAGCACAUUCUCUUGUCAGUCUCCAAGCAGAGACCAGCAAGGAGUUCGUUGGUUGGUCCCCAGGGCCUCUGGUUGCACAUUCCCGGCAGCGCUUUCAGGAGACUAGCAGGUUUCCUGAAACUGGGAAGCCACCUUUGCAGUGCAGUGGCCUUUUGAAGCCCUGUGGCAAUUUUCUCUUUAACUGAGCACCUGCGAAUGUGUGCAUGAGGGAAGAGUCACACCUAUUUCAAGUCUGUCCGAGUCACAGCUUCUAGAUGGGAAGGAGGGAGGAGACAGGUGCUUCAUGGCUCCGAAGCCGGAGCAUCAGUUUGUCCUUCCUCCUACACCUAGUCUUAGUUUUGGUGGUUGGUUAGUUGGUUGUAAACUACUUGAGACAGGGUUUCUCCGUGUAGCCCUGCCUGUCCUGAAACUCACUCUAUAGACCACACUGGCCUCAAGCCCAGAGAUCUGCCUGCCUUUUACUCCCAAGUGCUGGGAUUAAAGGCGUGCACUACCCCUGGCCAGUCUUUGUGUUUUUGAUCUCAUUAAUUUUCAGUGGUCUGUCUUCUUUGCGAAGACCUGGGGACAAUUAGCUUUGCUACUUCCUACCCAGUCACCACUCUCGAACCUUUGUUUUCUCCAUUUGUUAGAGGGAAUAAGAAAAGCCUCUACAUCCUUUUCCCAAUUGGAAAAUAUUCCUCUUAGCUGAUUAUCAGGAGCAAACAUUCCCCGGUAUGGUGGUACAUACCUAUAAUCCCAGCUGAGAUGGGAGGGCUGCAAGUUCUAGGCCAGCCUGGGCUAGGCCUUGUAUCUAAGUAAAGGAAGCUGGGAAGCACACUUUCACAGAGAAUGUUUGAACCUGGGGGUUUGGGGGGUGCAGUUAGCCCUUUUAUUGUGCUUAAUUGAUCCAAACACAUCUGUACUACUAGGAUUUUCUCAUUUAUACAAUGAAUUGUACUGUUUAUAAGCAAUGGGCCAAACUACCUUCAAGGCACUUCAAAGACAGUGGCCACUUUCUUCACUGGGUCCAACAAGCUCUUUCCAGAGAGCGUAGCCUGACUGGGCACUUCCAUUGCCAGGAUCUCAUUGGUCCACAGCUGUGUCUGUUGAGUCUGGUCUAGGCUUUAUUACAACCCUAGCCAUGGUUAGUCAAGCUUUUAGCCAGGACUUAGGGUUGUCUGAGUACUUGCGACUAUUUCUUUGAUAAAAUGGUCACAUUAUCAACUGUCUGAAAUGCUCUCCAGAAUGUGUUUUCUUUUUAAGUGUAUUUUUGUAUUUAUGCAAGGUUUAUUUAACCUUGCUUGGCAAGAGGAACUUUUGUAUUUUUAAUAGAGCACUCAUUAUGCUAAUUAAAGAAAACAAGGAGUAGGUAAUCUAUUCCUCAGCAAUGGACAGUUUCUGUUCCUUAGUAAACUAAGAGGUGUUUUCUGGGUUAAAGGAAACGUAGAUUGCAGUGGCUGGUUCCAGAGGAGGCCUAGGACCUUAACCUGGAGGGACUGCUGCAGAGAGGACUGGGACUCCCCAGAAAAAGGAGUGAAGGAUACGGUUUCUACAUAACUAAUGUAUCUGUACAGAAAUCUGUUUAUCACUCAAACAUUGUGGGAGAAUUUUAAUAGAGUAUUUAGUUUUUUAUUAAGCUUUUUAAAAAAUUACCUUUCAACACAGUUGCUCAGGGAUUACAUCAGGUGGGAACCCCAUUCUGACUCCACAGAUCACUACAAAGAAGUUAAUGCUUAUCCUAAGCCGAAGGGACAGCACUCUUCAAGCUUUCUUCAGAAAGUGAAAUGUUUGGUGAUUUUACUACAGUACAACCCUAAGCUUCUUUUCCAAUUGGCAAACUUUCCAACCUGAAGACUCCAGUCUGCACAGAAUAGCCUCCAACAAGCAGUUGGACUUCAGUUAGCAGCCCUGCGUCCUGCCGGUGUUUAUCUUCUCUGUAACCAUGGCCACGACACCCAGGACAACAGUUUCAUUACCAGUCCCCUGUGAGAACCUUUGCUCUCUUGUAACAGAAUUCCAAAACAGAACAAAAUAUUUACUGUGACACAGUCCUUGUCUGCAGCUACCUACCAGGAUCUGUUUGGAACUGUGGCCAUGCAUCUAAGAUGCCAUUCCUUGAGCACAUAAGCUAGACUAUACCUGUGAGGAAACAAUUUUAUAUCGAUUGCUGUAGUGUAGAAAAAUAAGAAGUGGAUUUGGACUUGCACUCUAUUCUCUCUGAUCUCAAACAUAAGAAACAGUUCUUGUAUAUAAUGCUCAAAAAUUGCUUUUGACUAUCAAGUCCAUAAAAACCUGAAUCUUGUA